AUGGCGGCGUCCGCCACGCCGAUGAAGGCACCACCCAUCCCCCAGGACCAGCUCACCGGCCAAGCCCCGGCGAAGAAGCCGCCGCCGCGCGUGCCGCCUCCCAAGCGGCCGCCCACCCAGUCACAGGAUCUCGACCCUUCCGCAGCAGCCAUUCCGCAAAAGGCGCCUCCCAUCAUGAAAGCCUCCGGCCAAGUGGCGGAGGAGUCCCAGGUCUUACCGAAAGUGCCGCCAAAGAUGCCGACAUCCCAGGACGCCAGUUCGACUGCUGCGCCCAUCCGUCAAAAAGCGCCGCCCGCCGUGCCAGCGUAUCCGGCUGCGGAGGACGACAAUAGGCCAACGAAGGCCCCGCCAGCGGCACUACUGCGCGCACCUGCCGCAGGGGUAGCUGGAACGGUGCCAGCCAAGGCGCCUACGGCAUCUUCCCCCGUGCCCCAAGCGCUGCCACCAAGCGCACGGCUCGCCAACCCUGCCACGGAGAUUGAGGACAACCGCCCCACGAAGGCUCCUCCGGUCGGGGUCUCACGAGUCGUCCAGCCAAAAAUUCCGGCGGCGCCGCCCCCCAAGGCCGCGGACUUCACCGCUUCUGCGGCCAGCCUCGUGCACCCUGUGCCUCCCGUCCCUGCCAAGAAGCCGCCGCCACCCGUACCGACAGAAGAGACAGAGAGCGAGGUCGGGAGCACCAUCCGUGUCCCACGGUGGAAUCGGCACCGCGCACCGAAUCCCAACUGA